GCGGCGGUCACCCGGGGACAGGGGAGAGGCUCGGCCAGGUCGAGUCAGGACGUCGCGAGCCGCUAUCCGGCCGGUGCCAGCAGAGCCCCGACGGGGCUGGGGAGGAGGCCAGCGGACGCCACGGCGGGCCGAUCGGGCGCAGAGUGAGCUCGGACCUCCCGGCGUGCCGCGCGGAGCCCUACUUCCGGCUGUGGGCGGUGCGGGGGUCGGCGACUGCCGGAUGCGCGCUGGGCCGGGCUCGGGGAGCGCUGCCUCCACUUCCGGGGGCCUUGAGCCCGGCUCUAGAGUUUUCCGGCAGGCGGCGCGGGACGUAGAAGUGCUUUGAGGGGCCGGGGCGGGCUGGCCCUCUCGUCCCCGAUGUGAAGAGGAUCCAACGCCCCUGCCAGGCGAAAGCUGCCCAGAGAAGAGGAGCCGGUGGCCGGGUGGGGACCAUGAGGCAGUGUCUCCUCUUCCUGACCGGCUUCGUUCCUUUCGUGCUGGCGCCGCGACCUCCGGAGGAGCGGGACUUCGGCUCCCCCCAGCGACUCGAAAAACUUGAUUCUUUGCUCUCAGACUACGAUAUCCUCUCUUUAUCCAAUAUCCAACAGCAUUCAGUAAGAAAAAGGGAUCUACAUGCAUCAACACAUUUAGAAACACUCCUAACUUUUUCAGCUUUAAAAAGGCAUUUUAAAUUAUAUCUUACAUCAAGUACUGAACGCUUUUCCCAGAAUUUCAAAGUCGUGGUGGUUGAUGGUUCUGAUGAAAGCGAGCACACUGUCAAGUGGCAGGACUUCUUCAGUGGACAUGUGGUUGGUGAGCCGGACUCUAGGGUCCUAGCCCACAUAGGAGAUGAUGAUAUUACAAUAAGAAUCAACACAGAUGGAGCAGAAUAUAAUAUAGAGCCACUUUGGAGACUAAUUAAUGAUACCAAAGACAGAAGAGUAUUAGUUUAUAAAUCUGAAGAUAUUAAGAAUGUCUCACGUUUGCAGUCUCCAAAAGUUUGUGGCUAUAUAAAUGCAGAUAAUGAAGAAUUCCUUCCAAGUGAACUGGUGGACAGAGAGCCUGAUGAGCUUCUUCAUCGGGCGAAGAGAAGAGCUGAGCCUGAUCCCAUGAAGAACACGUGUAAAUUAUUGGUGGUAGCAGAUCAUCGCUUUUACAAGUACAUGGGCAGAGGGGAAGAGAGCACAACUACAAACUACUUAAUAGAACUAAUCGACAGAGUUGAUGACAUCUAUAGGAAUACUUCGUGGGACAAUGCAGAUUUUAAAGGUUAUGGAAUACAGAUAGAACAGAUUCGCAUUCUCAAGUCUCCACAAGAGGUGAAACCUGGUGAAAGGCACUACAACAUGGCUAAAAGUUACCCAAAUGAAGAAAAAGAUGCUUGGGAUGUGAAGAUGUUGCUAGAGCAAUUUAGCUUUGAUAUAGCUGAAGAAGCAUCGAAAGUCUGUCUAGCACAUCUUUUCACAUACCAAGAUUUUGAUAUGGGAACUCUGGGAUUAGCUUAUGUUGGUUCUCCCAGAGCAAACAGUCAUGGAGGUGUCUGUCCAAAAGCUUAUUAUAGUCCAGUUGGGAAGAAAAAUAUUUAUUUGAAUAGUGGAUUGACAAGCACAAAAAAUUAUGGUAAAACCAUCCUUACAAAGGAAGCUGAUUUGGUAACAACUCAUGAAUUGGGACAUAAUUUUGGAGCAGAACAUGAUCCAGAUGGUCUUGCAGAAUGUGCCCCAACUGAGGACCAGGGAGGAAAAUAUGUUAUGUAUCCCAUAGCUGUGAGUGGAGAUCAUGAGAACAAUAAGAUGUUUUCAAGCUGCAGUAAACAGUCCAUCUUGAAGACCAUUGAAAGUAAGGCCCAGGAGUGCUUUCAAGAACGCAGCAACAGAGUGUGUGGGAACUCCCGUGUGGAUGAAGGAGAGCAGUGCGAUCCUGGCAUCAUGUACCUGAACAACGACACCUGCUGCAACAGUGACUGCACGCUGAAGCUGGGCGUGCAGUGCAGUGAUAGAAACAGUCCUUGCUGUAAAAACUGUCAGUUCGAGACUGCCCAGAAGAAGUGUCAAGAGGCAAUCAAUGCUACUUGCAAAGGCGUGUCUUACUGCACAGGUAACAGCAGCGAGUGCCCUCCUCCUGGAAAUGCAGCAGACGACACUGUGUGCCUGGACCUUGGCAGGUGCAAGGAUGGGAAGUGCAUCCCCUUCUGUGAGAGGGAGCAGCAGCUGGAGUCCUGUGCAUGUAAUGAAACCGACCACUCGUGCAAGGUGUGCUGCAGGGACCCCUCAGGCCGGUGUGUGCCGUACGUUGAUGCUGAGCACAAGAACUUAUUUCUGAGGAAAGGAAAGCCCUGUACAGUGGGAUUUUGUGACAUGAAUGGCAAGUGUGAGAAGCGAGUACAGGAUGUGAUCGAGAGAUUUUGGGACUUUAUCGACCAGCUGAGCAUCAAUACUUUUGGGAAAUUUUUGGCAGACAACAUUGUAGGUUCUGUCUUGGUUUUCUCCUUGAUAUUUUGGAUUCCCUUCAGCAUUCUUGUCCAUUGUGUGGAUAAGAAACUGGACAAGCAAUAUGAAUCAUUAUCUCUCUUUAACCCCAGUAAUGUUGAAAUGUUAAGCAGCAUGGAUUCUGCAUCAGUUCGCAUUAUCAAACCCUUUCCUGGGCCCCAAACUCCAGGCCGUCUGCAGCCCUUACAGCCUGCCCCUGUGAUGCCCUCAGUGCCUACAGCUCCAAAACUGGACCACCAGCGAAUGGACACCAUCCAGGAAGACCCCAGCACAGACUCACAUGUGGACGAGGAUGGCUUUGAGAAGGACCUGUUCCCAAACAGCGGCACAGCGGCCAAGUCAUUUGAGGAUCUCACAGACCGUCCAGUCACCAGAAGUGACAAAGCCUCAUCUUUUAAGCUGCAGCGUCAGAAUCGAGUUGACAGCAAAGAAACAGAGUGCUAGCUUAGGUAUUUACAUCCUGAGCUUUUUUGAUUUACAUGUGCAAAAUAUUUUUAUAGAUUUGACCUAAAAUCACUGCAUAUAUUUUGUGAAUAUUUGGGAGAGAAAUAAGGAAGUGACUUCACAGCAGAAGCUGCUUGUGUGUUUGGACUUCCUUUGUGUAUAUAAUACUUGUGUGGUUAGGACCUUCUAUUUUGAAGAGGUAAGGUGAAUCUAGCUUAUUUUGAGGCUUUCAGGAUUUUUAUUUUAUUAUUUUUUUUGUUAAUCUUUAAAAUGUCCUUCAAUCUGUGGUGCAAAAGCAAAAAAUACAGCUGGAUUAGGUUAUAAAUAA